UUCCUUUCUUUUCCGCGACACGACCGUCAUGGUCUUAAUUCACAGUCAAAAUGAAUGCGCGACAGUGAAAAAGAAAUUGCAUCAAUCGUCUCUAAAUGGUCAAUGGAAGUCUGUACAACGAGAAGAACUAGUUUACAAGCUGACAGGUAGGAAGAAAGAUCCCGUUCAUCAGGAUGUUGUUCUGCGAUCACUCUCACCUUCAUCGUAUCGAGAUCGGCAUUUAAUCUCGAUUCUCCGAAGGUGUGGGACGAAAAAAUUUCACGAAAUGUACAGAAAAUUGUUAAUUAUCCUAAAUUUCAGUCUCCUAAUGUACAACGGAACCAGCGGUGAGAAUAUUUCCUUCUGCUUGAAUAACAUUUUAUUUAAUUUAAUUUCAUGGUAUUUCUCGACAGAUAUGAUGUCGUACAUGGCUAUGCUGGCACAAAGACCGGCAAGAAUAGUCGGAGGGAAGGAUGCCGAGAAAGGACUGCAUCCUUGGCAAGUUUCCGUGCAUUGGGGCGAUCGAGAACGAAAGAUACCUGCUAGACACAUAUGCGGUGGCAGUCUGUUGACUGCUGGUUGGAUACUGACAGCUGGUCACUGCAAAACCCUCACUCCAUCGAGAGGAGAAUUCUUGAUCUUAGCUGGUAAAUAUAAGUUAGGUGUUUUCGAGGAUACCGAACAGAGCAGACUGGUGGACAAAGUUUUCGUUCAUCCGGAAUACGAUGGAACCGUCGCACCGUAUGAUAUUGCUCUGAUGCAAGUGGAAAAACCAUUCGAUUUAAAUCCAUUCGUCUCCACGGUGUCCUUACCGUAUCCUGGCUCCAUUCCCACGGGAGACGUUAUGCUCACCGGAUGGGGUAGCAUCGGAAGGACACGCGCUCCGGAAAAGCCGGAGAACCUGCAAGCAGCUUUAUUACCGAUAAUUGAUUACGACUUGUGUAAGAGUACGCUUGACAAAAGCUUGAAAGGAAAGGAGAAGAAUCCUCUUCAUUCGACAAACGUUUGCACCGGUCCUUUGGACGGAAGUCUGUCAGCUUGCAAGGUGCAAUUAAAUUUUUAAUUAUAGAAUUUGUGCUGAAAAAUUUUUUUCAAUUCUAGGGCGACUCAGGAGGGCCAUUAGUGACAAGAAACGGUUUUGGAGAAGCGGAAGUGGUAGGGAUCGUAUCCUGGGGACUAUUUCCCUGCGGUGGAAAGAACGCACCUUCUGUAUACACCAGAGUGUCCGCUUUCGUUACGUGGA